AAAAGGUUAAAUUUUUUUUUGUUUCCAAGUGUGCUUCGAUAUUCAUAAAAUUUGUGGUAAAUUUUCUGCUGCAAAUAACAAAGAUAAAAAUUCAACAAAGAAGGCAAAUUAAAGAAAACAUCAAAUUGUAUAGGAAACUCAUCUCAAAUACGAGAAAAACAGUUUCUGCCUUGAGAACACACAGUCAUCGUCCCCCCUAAGAUCCAGAGAGAAGAGAACACGAUGUCGAGUCUGCCACGCCGCAUCAUCAAGGAGACGCAGCGCUUGAUGCAGGAACCGGUGCCUGGUAUUAAUGCCAUACCCGAUGAGAAUAAUGCUAGAUAUUUCCAUGUGAUUGUUACCGGACCAAAUGAUUCGCCCUUUGAGGGUGGCGUAUUUAAAUUGGAACUCUUUUUACCCGAAGACUAUCCAAUGUCAGCACCAAAAGUUCGUUUCAUAACAAAAAUUUACCAUCCAAAUAUUGAUCGUUUGGGUCGCAUUUGCCUUGAUGUACUCAAAGAUAAAUGGAGUCCAGCUUUACAAAUCCGAACGAUCCUAUUAUCGAUUCAAGCCUUGUUAAGUGCACCCAAUCCCGAUGAUCCAUUGGCCAAUGAUGUUGCCGAAUUAUGGAAAGUAAACGAGGCCGAAGCCAUACGCAAUGCCCGUGAAUGGACCCAGAAGUAUGCUGUCGAAGACUGAAGCAAAAUAAACCACAUGGAGCAAAACGAGUUGAGUUGAGUUGAGUUGAGGAGCAGCGACCACCAGUAGCAGAAGCAGUUGAUAAACAGGAUGUGGAUGAGAAUGAGGGGGAGAAGCAAAAGCGUUGACGUUGGCCCAGACAUAGCGAAGUCAACUUCAGCUAUGGGUGCAUGUCUGGGUGGGCGUAAUUUGGGGCAUUGGGGAAGCAUACUAUAACAAGAAAAACAAAACAAAAAACAACAAUUUUUUUUUUGUGUGUAAUACAAAUUUUUUUUUUUGUUCUCGGGCGGGCUUUUGCUCUUAACUUAAGUGUGGAUUGAAAAUAAUGAUAAUGAAGAAAACAAAACAAAAAAUUGUACUAUUAUAAAUGCAUACAAAACAUAUUU